AUGUACCUGUAUGUUAGACUGGACAGGGACCGGGAGGUGCUGUAUUAUUACCAGCGUAAACCCCCAGGAAACACUACUGGGACAGAGUGAAGACUGAGGGACCUGUGGACCAACUGACCAUUACCAUCACUGGUGUCUGCUGAUGUGUUUACCCAAAAGUCAACAAAGCCUAGUUUGAAAAUGGUAUGAACCAAGGAAGAGGCUCCACUCUGGUAGUGGUGAAUGGCAGGUGUAUGUUUAUAAUAGUAGAUGUGAUGUGUUUUACUCUUCUCAAUGGACAGUAAUUUCACAUGUAGAAAAAAUUGCUUGUAAUCUAGAAUCCAGACUAGUGUUUCUCAAUCUGUGGUUCAUAAACUGGCAGCGGUCCCUGAGGUGUUCCAGGGUGAUUUAGUAAGCUCUCGUGCUAGUUUCAAAUAAGCAACCAAAGCCUGUUGGUCCUGGAUAAAAAAAACAGUUAAGAAACACUGUCCUUUAUUGGUUAUUUUUGGUACAAUUGUGUGUCUGAGUUAUUAUGUAUGAGUCCCAAAGCCCACUGAUCGGAUUUUCCCCAUCGUUGAUGUCUCCCUAAAUCUUCCAUGUCCUCCAGCUACUGCGGUAACGCUGACCCCUUUUCACCCAGCCGUCAAGAAGCCGUGCCCAUCUGGUACUCUAAUUGGUUAGAGAUGAUCCUAUCGCUGAUGACUUUGUUUUGUACAACACCUCUCAUUUUGACGUCAUCACAAAUUACUUCAAUGAUGGCAGUCUCAGACUGAAGUAUGUAGCGAAUGAUACAGCAGUGGAAUAAUUCAGUUUGAGUCAUCAGACAAGCAGGUUACAUCUUUUGAGGGAGAAAACAGUCUUGUUAGUUAAAAUCUAAUUGAUUACUUGUUAAUAACUUUAUAUGAAUACACUCUUCUGAGGAAUGGUAUAAAACCUUUGUUUCUUUCUGCCUUCUGUUUUUUUAUGGCUUGACACUAGAGGGCUGUCUCUCCUCAAUAACUGAGUGAACUGGCAGCCAGAGUGUUGCUGGCUUCAAUAUCACAUGAGCUACUUUCCACUGUUGUGCCCUUCAGCAAGGCCCUUUUACCCUAGAUCUCCAGGGGCUGCUCCCAGCCUGUGAUGUGUGUCAAGUUGGGUAAUGUAACAGCAAAAAGAUCAAUAAAGGUAGUAUUGAAAAGUGAAAAUGAUCCAGUGGUCAUAUGGUGAUAUUACAGGAAAUGGUACCCUGCUGAAUGACAGAAUGAGUUGAAUAUUAAUCAUUUCCCCAGACAAAGUGCAGUACUAUUGUAGGCUACGACAAUACACCCAUUGACGCUAUGAUAACAUGAUUACACAUAUCUCAAAAAUAGAAUUAAAUUAAGGAUUGUUGUUUAGAUUAUGUGUAAUGUUCAGUACUGAUGGUUGAGGAGGGAGUGGUUGUUGAGAAGGGGCUUUGAGGACAUUGAUACCACUUCCUCUGUCUUUAAAAGUCAUAACGACAGAGAGACAGCAGUACCCAGGGGUUAAGUGAUGGAUAUGUUACUGCGCUGGUAUCUGCUGUUGAUCUGUCUCAGUGCAUCAACCACAGCAGCAGGUAAUAAGACAAACUGUGUUUUUUCUCACAUAAUUGAAUGUAGAAUCACCGGUUUGGGCUCUGUUAAGCCUUUUUGCACCAGGAGCAAAGUUUACACUAUGUGCAAAGUUUGCACCUGUUUUUUCAGAUGGGUAUUAAACAUUUGGAGACUAAAAUGACAUAGUAGGGUAUAGUGCCCUACUAUGUAUGUAGAUAUGUAUGUGGAUAAAAUACAAUUUGAGCUUUGUUUUUGGUGUUUAACCCUUUCUGGGGGGAAAACGGGUUCAGCCUUUCAGCUAUGAUGUUUUGUUUUGAGUAGCAAAAUCUUAAUCUAUGUAUUACACUGCAUCUCUGAAUCAUGGUUUACCUUUUCGUUCACCUCUUUUCUAUAGAAACCAUCCUUAGGGUGAAUACAGGGGCGCAGUUUACCAUGAAUUGCUCCACCACUCUAAAAGACCAGGAUGGAAUGUACCUGUAUGUUGGGCUGGACAAGGACAUUGAGGAGCUGUAUUACCAUCAGCAUGACUCCAAGAUGUCCACCCAGGAAAGGCUACUGGGACAGAGUGAAGACUGAGGGACCUGUGGACCAACUGACCAUCACCGUCAAUAACCUGACCAUAGAGGACACAGGAGUCUACUGGUGUGUUUACACAAAAUUAAAUAAAGCCACGUUUGAAAAUGAUAUCAAACAAGGCAGAGGCUCCACUCUGGUUGUG